AUGUCCACUCGCACCGGUGCCCCGUUUGAACAGUCGUGUGCCCUGGACAAAACUGCCCUGCAAAAUCCACACAGUGCGAAUGGCCAAUAUGCACCUUCAGAGAAAGAUGCAAUCACUUUGAAACAUUUGCUGGGAAAUCCUGUCAUAGGUCUUUCUCUCGAGGAUGUCUAUGGCCACCUCUCCAAAGAAUUAGCAACCCCACUCUUGGACGAACUAUAUGAAAGACUGUGGCUGGUUGCAAGAAAGACAGGAUCUCAUAUCGACACAUUACAUAUGCAAAAAGUGAAGGGACGCUCUAUCAUCCCAACGGAAGAUCCGAAACUCCAUCUCGUUUGGAAGAAAGGCACGAUCUAUAUCAAGCCUGUGCCUCAAUUUUUGCUGAACCAUGACUUCUGGGUACAUUAUCUACAGCCACCAGGGCAAAUCUCAUCGCCAACAAUUCCUCCGCUCAUCCACAAGUCGAUUGACUCAGGGUUCGAUCGCUCAAUUGCAAUGGGUUUCUUGCGCUCAUAUGCAUAUCUUGUAAAAUAUCCCCUCGACUUUGCAAUGGCGAAAGAACAUUAUCUGGUCCCAGCGGAUAUUACCUGGAUUCAAUGGUCAACUUUCAUCAACAACUUCCGCUUACUUGGCAAUCGAGAUGUCGCAAACCGAUACCACUACGGGCAGCUACGUCUUUCGCGGUUGAAUUGGGCCGUCAGAAUCUUUGGUCCACAACAUACCCCGACUAGGCUGUUCUACGAGAACAAUUACUGGUCUGUAGGCGAGUUCAUGGAGAGAGCUACCAUUCCUUUACUCUUCUUGUUUGCCAGUAUAUCCAUCGCUCUUUCGGCGAUGCAAGUUGCUCUUGCUGUUCCCCUCGAGGGACUUUGGCCUCAGAUUUCAAGCAACAAUGGGCUCAAGGCGAUGGAUAGGGCAUUUUGGCUUUUUUCCAUUGCCAUGGUGUUUUUAUGGCUUUUCACAUGGUUCUUUAUCCUCGGUGUCCCAUUUCUCAUGUUGCUUUUUCAGCUUUUGUUUGCGUGUACUACCAGCCGCAGGAAGUGA